GCACACACAUCCCCUUUCUAACCAUGAAGUUCGUGAUUGUUCUUGCCUGCCUUUUGGCCGUGGCCUUCGCCAACGAGGAGGCUGAUGUCCUGAAGAGCGACUCCGAGGUGAACGUGCAGGACUUUAACUAUGUCUAUGAGUUGUCCAACCACAUCCGCGCCGAACAAUCUGGAGCCCUGAAGGAGCACGACAACUGGGUGGUUUCCGGGCAGUACGAGUACGUGGCUCCCAACGGCAAGACCGUCAAGGUCGUCUACACCGCCGAUGAGACCGGCUACCACCCAAAAAUCGUAGAGGCCUAAUUUUG